AUGUCGGAACACUUGUUAGUGACUCUGCCUUCGCCCAGGAUUGAAGGCCUGUUGGAGAAGAUUCGCCUUGCUAGACCUGGCCUCAAGAUCUCCUUUAUCCGUCAUGAAGUAUAUCCAACGGAUGCUUUUUUCCAGCGCGAUAUGAAUAUUCCUGAUGACAUCCUCAGCGAUAUCACCGUACUGUUCACUAUGGGAUAUGUGCCCAAGCCUGCACAGGCGCCCCGACUUCGCUAUAUCCAUUUCAACGUGGCAGGAAUUGAUCACGUCGCUCACGAGGAGGUGUUCCAGGACCCGAGAAUCACUAUCACCACUUCCACUGGGGCACCAGCAAUCGCAAUCAGUGAAUGGGUUUUUGGUACACUUUUGGCACAUUAUCGCCAACUGCUCAUCUUUAAAGAAUGGCAAAACAAUAGCACCUGGGGAAGACUGGAUGCAAGUAAGCUUCCUUCGAGUUUGGAUGGCAAAAAGAUGGGCAUUGUCGGGUAUGGCUCGAUUGGCCGUCAGGUGGCUCGGGKUGCGCAAGCUCUGGGCAUUGAUACUGUUGUUUAUACCUCUAAACCUCGAAUAACGGCCGCCGAGAAGAAAGAUAAGAAUAGCUUUGUUCAACCCGGGUCGGGAGAUCCGGACGGGAUUAUCCCAAGUCAAUAUUUCCACGGGCAAACAAAGGCGGAUUUUCAACACUUCCUAAGCCAGGAUCUAGACAUUUUGAUUCUGGCCCUGCCGCUGACUCCGGCAACGAGACAUCUGGUGGGCAAGGACGAGCUGCAGAACCUGAACAGCAAGGCUGGAGCGUAUCUGGUGAACGUGUCUCGAGGGGCAAUUCUCGAUCAAGAUGCGUUACUAGAGUCGCUACAAAAAGGUAGUGGCAAUGGUGGCCUUCAAGGUGCCGCGCUCGACGUUACUGACCCGGAGCCUUUGCCAUCUGACAGCAAGCUAUGGACAGCACCCAAUAUUUUCAUCUCACCACAUGUCAGCUCUAUAACCCCGCAAACGGUUGGCCGAACCUACGCCAUUCUGGCAGAAAACCUCAAGCGCCAGGCUCGAGGAGAGAGCCUCCUCAACGUUGUCAAAUUGGCAGAAUCUUGA